AUGAUUGUCUCCCAGUGAUUCCCACUAAGAAUGAAUUGGCGCAUGUUUCUCCAAUCCUGAUUUGGCACUGCCUUCCACUGCGCAUUAACGCCAACAUAGAUCCUGCGCCGUUACAAAGCUUUCCUCUUCAUCAACCUCACCACUCAGAGCCAGUGAUGGAACCCAACAGCAGGAAGCAGCAGCAGCAGCAACAGCAGAACAAGAAGAAGAAGUGGUUCCUGCCACUCAUCUUCUCUCUCCUCAUAUCAACUUUCCUGAUCCUUGUUUCCCUUGUAAUAUCCUCGAACUCAUCCUCUUACCAACUAUACCAGUACCACCACCACACCACCCAAGAGGCAAAGGAGGUGCCACAGUUCGUGGAGCACAAGUUGAGGGUGUGUCCCACGUUGAGCAACGGGGUUCCGAGGAUCGCGUACUUAAUAUCGGGCUCAACGGGGGACGGAGAGAGUCUGAAAAGGACGUUGAAGGCAUUGUACCAUCCGAGAAACUACUACGCAGUGCAUUUGGACCUUGAGGCUUCGGCGAAGGAGAGGUUGGACCUCGCCAAUUUCGUCACCAAUGAACCUCUCCUUGCCAAAUUGGGGAAUGUCAGAGCGGUUGUUAAGGCCAACUUGGUCACUUACAGAGGGCCCACAAUGGUCACCAAUACUCUUCACGCCGCCGCCAUUUUGUUGAACCACGCUCAGGACUGGGAUUGGUUCAUUAAUUUGAGUGCUUCCGAUUAUCCUUUGGUAACCCAAGAUGAUCUGCUGCAUACACUUUCGUCCAUUCCCAGACACCUCAACUUCAUUGAACACACCAGUGAUAUUGGCUGGAAGGAGUAUCAUAGGGCCAAGCCUGUCAUAAUUGACCCGGGUCUUUAUAGCGUGCAUAAAUCUGAUGUAUUUUGGGUAUCGGAGAAAAGAAAUGUGCCCACAGCUUAUAAACUGUUUACAGGUUCUGCCUGGAUGAUGCUCUCCCGCCCAUUUACUGAAUACUGUCUAUGGGGUUGGGAUAACUUGCCUAGGAUAGUCUUGAUGUAUUAUGCCAACUUUCUGUCUUCCCCUGAAGGGUAUUUUCACACAGUCAUCUGCAAUGCUGAGGAGUUUCGUAACACUACAGUGAACCAUGACCUCCACUUCAUAUCAUGGGACAACCCUCCAAAACAACACCCUCAUUUCCUUACAGUUAAUGACUACCAGAGAAUGGUGGACAGCAACGCUCCUUUUGCUAGGAAAUUUGGCAGGAAUGAACCAGUCUUGAACAAGAUUGAUGCAGAACUCUUGGGACGAAAUGCAGAUGGUUAUGUGCCAGGCAGGUGGUUCAAUCAAGCAAAUUCAAGCGUCGCUAAACAGUAUUCUGUCACAAGAAAUAUCACUGAACUUAGGCCUGGUCCUGGAGCUGAAAGGCUUAAACGCCUUAUCAAUGGUUUAUUAUCAGCAGAUAAUUUUCAGGCAAAUCAGUGUUCUUGACACCGAGUUUGGAAUGAUGCAUAUUACGCUCAUUGCUGCUUUUCCAUCAUCUAACAUCUGAGAGGCAAACAAUUCGUUUUGCAUUUGAUACCUGAUGUUGCUAAGAGAUCAAACAAGAAAAAUGAGUUACAGAAGGGAAAACAGAAAUGGCUUCCUAUGACUGGAUGUUUUACACAAACUUUAACCGGACUCCAAGAAUUUGGUCAAAAUGUUUCCACUGGUUCACAAACAAUAAAACAUUCUAGAUGACAAGCCAUUGAUGCAAUUGUUGUACUCUGUAAGACAUUUAUAGAAAAUAUGAGAUUCAAUUAUUUAAUACAUGGGCAAGCUGCUUGUUAGCCUGGAGUUGAACCAAUCCAGUAUAAAAUAAUCCCCAAAUUCUUAAUGCAAUAGCUGCAGUAUAUCCUGUGUGUUCUUUCUUUCCUUUCCUUUCCUUCCAUUUGUUGGUUUAUAUUUGACUUUUGUUUUUGCGACCAUAGGUGCUUGCAAAUAAUUAUGCUAAUGCAUGUAAGAAGACAAUUUAGCAGUACACAAUAGCUUCUACCCGUCAUGAGUGCUCUAAAUUCACCAUCUUGAGAAUAGAAUCAAGCAAUUUGCACAUUUCCUGUGCUUGUGAAUGAGAAAGAUCACCUGCAAGAAACUCUUCAACUUCAUUAUUCACCUCUAUUAUGCUGCAUCCGGGCUUCUUUUUCAUCCCUGCUUCUGAUAUCAUACUCCUAACUCUAUUUGCCUCUGCAUCCCACCCAGCUUCUCUAUAUAAAUUGAAAGUAAGAACAUGAGUACCACAGUCCGCUACGCCCAAAUCAAGCAGCCUUUUCCACACUCUAUUCCCAACAAGAAUAUUCUUAUAAAUUCUGCAUGCAUUCAGAAGAGCACCCCACACAUUAGCAUCGCCAGCUGCAAGUCCACCCAUCUUGUCCUCCAUAAAUUUUUCAGCUUCCUCCACCAUACCAGCUCUGGAAAGAAGGUCAAUAACACACGCAUAAUGCUCCACCUGUGGCGCAACUCCAUAUGUACUACUCAUUUCUUCAAACAACCGAAGGCCUUGUGGAACCAUCUUUGCAUGAGUACAAGCAGUGAGGAGAGCGACGAAAGUAGUUUCAUUUGGGUCAGUCCCAGAAGCAACCAUUUGGUGAAACAACUCCAGCGAUUUCCUAGCAUCACCAUUCAAUGCAACACCAGAAAUCAUAGCAUUCCACGCUCCAGCAUCCUUAUCAACAAUGCUCUCAAAAACAGAUAAAGCUGAUUCCACACAUCCACAUUUUGAGUACAUGUCCACCAAAGCCGUUGCCAAAAUUGGAUUCGAGACAAGACCAAAUCUAUUGGCGUAGGAAUGCACCCACAGUCCCUGCAUGAGCGCACCAAGGUGAGCACAUGCAGUGAGGACUGUGACCAGGAUGGACUCAUUUGGCUUCGUGCCCUCGUUUUGCAUUUCUGCAAACAAAGCCAGCACUUGCUUGAAGUCACUAACGCGAGAAUAGGCGGCCAUCAUAGCACUCCACGAUACAGCAUUUCUUUCAGGCAUUUUCUCAAACACUUGUCUAGCAUUGUCGACAUUGCCCACUUUGCCAUAACCGUCUAUCAUUGCCGUCCACAACACGACAUCUUUCAUCGUCGUUUUAUCCAACAACACCCUUGCGGUUUCCACCUCGGGUAAAGCAGAGUAAAACUCAAUAAACGCACUCACGACGUAAGGGUCGUCGCAGAGGCCGAAUUUAACGACAUGGGCGUGCACCAAACGUCCAAUUAUGUUGAAAGAAUGAGAAGAUGAAAGUAGAGCAAUGCAAGCCUUGAUGAGAGGUGGGAAUGUGUAGUUAUUAACGACAAUGCCGUUUUGCAACAUGGUUAAGUAGCAGGACACUGCGGGGAGGGGGGAACGGCCUUGGACGUAGCCUCUGAUCAUGGUGUUGUGCAUGAAGGUGUUGCGGUGAGUGAGGUGGUGGAAGAUGGAGCGAGCGUAGGAGAAGAACGACGCGUCGUUGGAGGUGGCUGCAACGGCGAGAAGCGGGGCGAUGGCAUACGGCGUGUCGUUGAUGCGGCAUCGGAGGAUGUGGGCGUGUAGUUGCUUGAGUUGGAUUAGGGUCUUGCAUUUUUGCGCGAGGGUUGUUAGGAAGCCGUUCUUAACGGUCUUUUGAAUCAUGUGAACAUCCAAUGCUGAGGCAUUUCUCAGACGAGACCUCUCCACUCUUCUUCUUGCACAAUCUUGGCGCUCUGAGUCAAACCUCAGUUUACAACACAAAUCAUUUUCUCUGCGUUUCACUCACACAUUUCACACAACUUCUUCACGCUAGGAUUUCUUAUUCUUAAUUUUAACUUAAAU